GUAAUCUAGAUUUAGAGGAGAUUUAGCGCGUCCUGAUAAAAUUAUAACUAAUGAUGCGAAGAUCCAAAGUGACGGCUUUUGUUUCAGCACCGCGGGGCGAGUGGACAGCUCCCCCGCUCCGACUCUCUCUCUCUCUCUCUCUCUCUCUCUGUCUAUCUCUAUCACUUUUUUUUAAAUUAUUUUUGUUCCUCGUCCGUUCGUUGAGUUUUGCUUUGUGUGGACCUGGUUGUUUGUUUUGUUUUAUUUAUUUAUUUAUUUAUUUUCGGGAGAGGAUUUUAAUUAGAAUAUUUCAGAAAACACUUUCAGAACAGUUGUGAGGCGGUUUAGAUUUUCCCAAGGAAUGCUUGCGCUCCAUGGCUAUGCCUGCAUAUCCAGCGCGCCUUAUCAGAUCUCUGUCAUGCACGAACUAUCGAAAAUAGCUGGGGACGGGGGGACGGGGACACAUUUGAAGUAGUUUAAAGUAUAUAUAUAUAUAUAUAUAUAUUCUUAAUUGAAAUGAUCCGUCCCCAUGGCCGUGCAUGAAAAUCGUUACUACAGCACGGUACAGCGGGUAUUACAAUAGACAGCAUUGCUGUAGAAUGAACUUUCUAGGUUUAAAAUAUCUGCGCACAGAUACCAAUUAUUUCAAGAACAGAAUCGUAAUGAGAUCAAAUAGAGUAUUGCUGUUUACUGCACUGCACUGCACUAUACUGCACUGUACUGCACUGCAUUAUAGAAACACCCCAAAAGCUUUAUACACUGAAUGGAAACGUUUCGAGAAGCUUUUUCUCAAUGCCCUCAAACUGUCUUCACUGAGAAAGGCUUCUAGUCGAAAUGUCCGCAAUUGAAUUUAUUAAGUUUCUUUUAGUAUUUCUAUUGGGGACACUGAGAGACUUCUAGUGGAAACGUUUGCCAUUGAAUUUACACUGAAGAUACCGAGAAAGACUUCUAGUGGAAACGUUUGUCAUUGAAUUUACACUGAAGAUUCUGAGAAAGACUUCUAGUGGAAACGUUUGUCAUUGAAUUUACACUGAAGACUCUGAGAAAGACUUCUAGUGGAAACGUUUGUCAUACACCAAACCGAACCGCAGCUUCAAACACCGAACCGAACCGCAGCUUCACUGCAGCAUGGCUGUUAGAGGAUUACAAAUAGACAGAUAAAUAGAUUUGCUUAAGCGGUUUGUUCGUUUAUUUUUGUCUAUACAGUAGUGUUUUUUAUAUGCUUUACCAGACCUCUCUGUGCUUUACAAUGCUUCACUAUGCUUUACCAGACCUAUCUGUGUUUUACAAUGCUUGCCUAUGCUUUACCAGACCUCUCUGUGUUUUACAAUGCUUGCCUAUGCUUUACCAGACCUCUCUGUGUUUUACAAUGCUUGCCUAUGCUUUACCAGACCUCUGUGUGCUUUACAAUGCUUCCCUAUGCUUUACCAGACCUCUCUGUGUUUUACAAUGCUUGCCUAUGCUUUACCAGACCUCUCUGUGCUUAACAAUGCUUCCCUAUGCUUUAUCUCUCAUUAUAGCGGACCCUGCAAUAACAAAGCAACGCACGUGUAGUGCCGUUCGGCCACGCCCCUCCACUGCGCUCAGAACGCUGCUUCAUCGAAUUAAAGCGCGUGAUUUAGGUUCUUUUUUUUAAAUCUCUAAUCGCCAACACGUGUUUGCGAGGGUAAAUUCUUUAUUGAAUCUGGAGCGAGAGAGAGCGAGAGAGAGCGAGCGAGAGAGAGAGAGAGAGAGAGAGAGCGCAACACAUACUCGGAUACUUCCAGUGAAAAGUUAGAAGAAAAGUUAGGGGUCUAUAAGCGUCAGUUACCGGAGCGCCGCCUCUCUCGCACCUUCCUGCAGCUUAACAGAUAUCCGUCCAGAUACACAGAGAUCGCCUUUCUCCACUCGGGAAUUACUUGACUCGCAGUCAUCUUGAGUUAGUCGUGCAUAUGUUUAUAUUUAUAUAUAUAUAUAUUUAUAUAUAUAUAUAUAUAUAUAUAUAUAUAUAUAUAUAUAUAUAUAUAUAUAUAUAUAUAAAUAAUCCGCUGCGGGCUGCAGUCGUGCAUUUGUAUUCUCAGUAUCUCUGUGGACCUGUGUUUAGGUUGGACUGCACUGGAAGAAAGGAGCGGGAUUUCUUUGGGAUAUCGCUGAAGGGACGGAGCUGAAAUUAAAACACUUUGAGCGGAAGAGAGAGGAGCAGACGGGCGAGUCGCUGGCUGUGUGAACGAGAAGCGAGGGAAGGCAGGGAGGAAGGCGGGUUAGAGGAUCCGGGUGAGAGAGAGAGAGAGAGAGGGGGACCCGAACACACCGAUCAUGAUGUCCUACCUCAAGCAGCCGCACUACGGCAUGAGCGGGCUGACCCUGUCCGGACCCGGGAUGGAUCUGCUGCACCCCGCCGUCGGGUACCCGUCGACGCCACGGAAGCAGCGACGUGAAAGAACGACGUUCACGCGCGCUCAGCUCGACAUUCUCGAGGCGCUCUUCGCCAAGACGCGCUAUCCCGAUAUCUUCAUGCGCGAGGAAGUGGCGCUGAAAAUCAACCUGCCGGAGUCGAGGGUGCAGGUCUGGUUCAAGAACCGCAGAGCGAAAUGCCGGCAGCAGCAGCAGCAGAGCAGCGGGCAAACGAAGCCCCGACCCGCGAAGAAGAAGACCUCUCCGGCGCGGGAGGCCAGCUCGGAGACCAGCACCAACGGGCAGUACAGUCCUCCGGGGGCAGCCGGCGGCGCGGCCGUCACCCCGAGCUCCAGCGCCACGGUGUCAAUCUGGAGCCCGGCUUCCAUCUCUCCCAUCCCGGACCCACUCUCCAUCUCGACGCCCCCCUGCAUGCAGCGCGCCGCUGCUUACCCGAUGACAUACACGCAGGCGCCGGCUUACAGUGAGAGCUACGGCGGAUCCACGUCCUACUUCAGCGGGCUGGACUGCGCCCCCUAUCUGUCUCCCAUGCACUCGCAUCUCUCAGACCCCGCAGCCACGCUCAGCCCCAUCACGCCGACCAUGGGCGGCCACCUCAGCCAGUCCCCCGCCUCUCUGUCCGCUCACGGGUAUGGCGCUGCCGGCCUCGGGUUCAGCUCGGUGGACUGUCUGGAUUAUAAAGACCAGUCCUGGAAGCUGAACUUCAACGCGACCGAUUGCUUGGAUUAUAAAGACCAGAAUUCGUGGAAAUUCCAGGUUUUGUAAUAAAUACAAAAUAAAUAAAUAAAGUACAUAAAAAACUAUUCAAUUAAAAAUGAAUAAAUACAUUUUAAUUCAUAAAUAAAUAAAUAAAGUAUGACGAAAUAUCAUUUUUAAUUAAGAAAGAAAAAUAAAUGGUAUUAUUAUAUUGAACAUUUUGAAAAUUGAUAUUUUUUUAAAGACAGAUUGUUGGUAUCUCUUUGGAGCGGCUCUCUGUGGUUCGAGUUUCUGUUUGCUUUAGAGAGAAAACCACCCAGCUCGGUUCUGAGACACAGCUCGGUUCUGAGACCCAGCAAGAAGAAGAGACAGAUAUUCGGUCUGAAAACACUUUGCUGUUGACUGUCGUUAUAAACCUGCUUUUCGAUUUCACUGGUUUUUUUCUGUUUCAUAUUUUUUUGCACUCUUUCUAAAUAAUACAAAUAAUUAAACGACACACACAAUUAUCAUUCUGAAAAUAAAGAACGAUUUAAAAAAAAAAGAGAGGUCGAACUACACACGUGACAACGAUGGAAGACGAGGGUUGCUGCGGUAUCAACACAAAAACACAAUAAUGAAACU